CUCCAUUCUUUCCUUUUGAUUUAUUUGCUCUUCUUCGCCUCAGUUACACACCCAAAACGGCAGCUAUAACACUGUCAGGUCGUGACUGUGAACUCUGCGAUUGUUUUUGUGAAAUAAUCCUGCACUUUAUUUGCACUUGGACUUGUAUUCGGAACGAAAACGCUGUGUGUGUGUGUGUGUGUGGGACUAUUUUUUUCUCCCGUCCGCGGAAGGAGACUGCGCAGUGCAGGGCGUCCAGGGUCGUGAGGUGUCCAAGAUGGCGGCAGCGUGUGAGGUCUAGGUUUAUUAAAAGGCACUCCAUGUUGACCCAAGAGAGCCUCAGGAUCCACUGUGACAAAGCCUGUAGUCCUGCCAUCUGUCCUGCACUACCAUGGCCAAGGACCAGCCAAAUGUGUUUGACCUCCUUCCGCUUCUGGAAUCCACAGAUCUGCAUGACCUGGAGCAGGUUAGAAGUGUCUUACAGGAGAACCUUAGUGCAGAUAAAGGGUCUGUGCUUCUCAAUGGCCUUGUGGAUUAUUACCUGGACACCAGCUCUCCUCAGGCUGUGGACCUUCUGUCCUCCAUCAGGGAACCUCACGACAAGCACCUUUUAGACAAGAUGAACGAGUGCAUGGCCAAGCCGAGCAGCAGGCUCCUGACCCUGACGCUUCUCGGUCAUGUUGUUCGCAAGCAGCCGCCAUGGAUUCACAAGAUCACUCGCUUCCCUCUGCUCACUUCACUACUCAAAUGCCUCAAGACCGAGUCUGAUGUUGUGGUUCUGAUAUCUGGAGUGUUGGUGUUAGUCAUCCUGCUACCCAUGAUACAACAGACCAGCAAACAGCUCCUGUUUGAGUUUUUCGACAUCUUUGGACGACUUGCAGCUUGGAAUCAGAGAAACCCAAGCCAUGCUCAGGGAGUGUAUGCAGUUCACCUGCACGCCAGCGUGUACUCAUUCUUUCAUCGCCUCUACGGCAUGUACCCCUGCAACUUUGUGUCCUACCUGCGCUCCCACUAUAGCAUGAAGGAGAACGUGGACACUUUUGAGGAAGUAGUUAAGCCGAUGCUUGAGCAUGUCCGGAUCCAUCCGGAGCUUGUUACCGGAACCAAAGACUAUGAACUGGACCCGAUUAGGUGGAAGAGGUUCGAGACCCACGACAUUGUGAUCGAAUGUGCCAAAGUGUCCCUGGACCCUAAGGAAGCGUUCUGUGAGGAGGGCUACACGUCCCUGCCUGACCGUGUGCCACGGCAACUCGGAGACAGCAGCAGGUCCUGCUCAGAUCUCAGCACCCAUGGAAGUUCAUCCGUCACCUCAGUGGCCACAGUUCGCCAGUCCCUUUGCCUUUCCUUACCCCAGCUGACAGUCACUCAGCACCCAAGCCUCAAUCCACAGACCCCCAUUGUACAGGGUCUUGAGGCAACGUCCUCAGGGAUGAAGGAGGCCGUGUGGAGCCCUUCCUCUGUGUGUGGGAUGAGCACCCCUCCCAGCUUCAGAGGAAUGUCCCCCACCACCGUCUCUGAUCUCUCACAUAGUGCCUCCCACUUGUCAGGGCGGGUCCCGAGCACACCAGUGGAUGGGAAGUGGACUCCGUUUGCAUCCACGCCCUCAGAGUCCUCCCCUCUCCCGUUGCUCUUGGGGGAAUUUGAGCACACUGCCCAACCCACCAGCAUUACUCUCCCACAUCCUAAGACAAAUCAGGAGAUAAAAAAAGGCGCGACUAUCAACGGCAAAGGUACAGGCGACAGUCUUGGUCCUUUUUCAUUGAUGGAGCUCUCUGACAUUGUGAAGAGGACCGAGAGAGAGAAAGAAGAUGCCAUCGCAGCAGAGCUGCUGACACUAACCCAGGGCAAACCUGACCCGCUCCCCACGCCAGCCCUGGAUACAUCCUUCUCCAGCACCACAGACACAUCCCUCCCCUUAAACUCCAACAUUUAUACCCUGCCUCAUAACCUGGUCUCCACCCCAGACAGGGUGGUGAACCACACUAAAGGAGCAGACCAGCAGCCUUCCUGGAGCUUGUGGCCCUGUUGGACUCCCAUGGAGAACUCCUCCUUGAGCCCUUCUGCAGCUGAAAGCACCUCCGUGGAGCUGUUUAAGGGCUCGUUCUCUUACGAGCAUCUCUUUGACCUGGCCUUGCCAAAGCUGGCGUCUCUGUUUGUGGAAAGGAGGACUGUCGAGUCUCAACAGAAGGCUGGCAGAGAGGAGGUGGAGGUGGGGGAUCUGCCUGCUACGUCCCCUCUGGAGGUGCUGGAUCGUCUCAUUCAGCAAGGUCAUGACCUUCAUGAAAAAGUCUUGAAGAGAUCUCCUUCGUCAAACCCCUCAGCUGAGCCGCACUGUGGAGGUAAACAUCACAGCACUAAAGGAAAAGGCUCCGGAAUCCCUGAUGAACUGGCACUGUUGCGCAGUCAGCUGCUGCUCCUGCACAAUUAUCUGCUUUAUGAGAGGCACAAAAGAGAGCAGCACGCACUGCGCAACCGCCGCCUACUCCGCCGUAUCAUCAACGCCACUGCGCUGGAGGAACAGAACAACUCGAUGAAGGCCCAGCUGCGGUUGCAGGAGGUGGAGAUCCAGACUCUGCGGGUGAGUCUGCAGGAAGAGCAGGCGCGCUCCAAACAUCUGCAGCAGGAAGGAGAGGCGCAGGUGCAGCAGCUCCACAGCCAACUCCAGAAGCUUCAGCACGAGAGGCAUGACUACUGUACCAAGACUCAGGAGCUCCAGAGUGACUUGCAGGAAAGUAAGAAGAGAAUGGAUGAGAUGGAGGCGGAGCUACAGAGAGCUAAUAACAAAUUGUGCAAUACGGGACAUCUGCUCAGCCAGCUGACUAUCAAGCUCAACAACAGUGAAAGCCUGGAGCAACAGAUGGCCUUCUUGAACAAACAGCUGUUACUGCUGGGCGAAGCCAAUAAACUGUGUGUACAGGAAGUCCAGCGCCUCGGACCGGACUCGCAUAAAGAGAAGAAGAUGCUGCAGAUGUGCUCCACACGAGAGAGCGAGCGGUUGAGGCAGAGCUCCAUCCAGCAGAGCCAGAGGCUGGAGGCGGCCCAGCAGCGCAUCACUGACCUGGAGACCCAGCUCACCAAGAAAGAGCACCUCAUCCUGGAGCAGAAGAAACUCCUGGAAAAUGUCAAAAAUCAGGCCAAAGGGCAGCUGCAAGCUUCUGAGAACAGGUAUCUUGCCCAAAAGCAUGUGACUCAGGCGCUACAGUCCAAGAUGCUCCAGCUGUACAGUCAGCUCGAGCUCACCAGCCUCUCAAACAGCACACCAGCAGGAGGAACAGCUGAACCAGGCAGCCCUCAAAACCAGAAGCCGAAAGGCAACGAUACCUCCGGUUCAGCUCAAACCUCCGAGUCAGGGAAAAGAGAGGAAACUUCUUACGUGUGCGUGAACGGCGAGCUGCCACCGCUGUCCCCCGGAUCAACGCUGAUCAACGGCAGUAAGGAAGAAGACCUUCCCGUCCUGUCCUGCAGCUCUCCUUUGGCCGAGAGCUUCCUGGGAAUGCACAACCAAGAGCUGCUGAAGAAGACGAAGAGUCCAUAUAAGGAAGAGCACGCCCACCGGAUUCAUGACCAGGGCUCCGAGCCUGCUGAAAGACGCCCUGAGCUCACAGGAUCCCAGAGGCUGGCGGAGGAAGAACCCGAACUCCUCCCGCCUGUGGAUCGGCACAGAGCUCGCGCUUACAACAUCCAGAGGCGCAGACGGCACGACCUGCACAUCAUGGAUUACAACGAGACCCACCAGGAGAAGACAUAAAGGAGCUGCGAAGGUUGGCUUAGCGGGACCGCAACUGUAGAUUUGCUUGCAACACUAGAUGGGAGGAUUUAAAAAAAAAAAAAAAAAGUUUUGACCUCUGCAGCAGCACUCUUAAUUUUAACAAGAGUGGACUGCGUUGUUUUAGCAAAAUGUUUUAAAAGCUCUACUGUAUUACAAAACGGCCAAAAAAAAAAGAGAGAGAGAGGUGUGUGUGUGUGUGUGUGUGUGUGUGUGUGUGUGUGUGUGUGUGUGUGUACCGAGGGCUUAAAGCUAUAGCAUCACUAUGUUUUAGGGGUCGUGUGUGUUUGUUUUUGGGCUGCACUCACAUUCUUGAGAUUUCAGUUAAACUCGAACCUAAAACCUACUGACUGUAGCUUUAACCAAUCCAUCCACUCUUAGUCAAGUAACCACCAUGGUGUGAAAUAAAAGCACUUUGCCGUCGCAUAAAAAGUACACUCGAGACGUUUUGUUCUCUGGUCAAUUUGGGUUUAUUCCUGUAUUGGAUUGUUUGAUAGACAUUUCAGCUUCAGGUGUGUGUAAAGCACGCUGCAGUGGUGGUUAUGCUGCGUGUGUGUGUGUGUGUGUGUGUGGAGGUUGUGUUUAGCCCUUAUUGUAUUAACUAGAACGUGUAUUGCUUUAAUUACCGUGUGUGCUUUUGUAGCUUCCUAUUUAGUUUAUGGGCGCGUAUAUAUUUUGUCCAAGCCAAAGGGUCUUCGCGAGUUGUAGUUAGACGAAGGAAACGGAAAUCUCAUCGUUAAGCAAUUCAUCGCAUAGUAAUGUAUUGUGUUGUGCGUUUGCUCCUCUGAGAAUCAUGCACUGUAAAUACUUCAUUUCAUGCAUGAAAAACAAAUCAAGCCCCUAAUAGUCAGAUACAACUGUGAAAGAAACGCAAAAAUAAAUAAAAUAAAAUAAAAUAAAAAAGCAGCUAUGAUGGAGAGAGAGGUGGGACAGAUGGUGUGUGUGUGUGUGUGUGUGUGUGCGCCCGUGUGUGUGAUGUCAUAACCUUGCUUUGGCUGUAGAAGGAAAAGAUGAAGCAAGUGUUAAACAAUCUAGAAUUUAUUUUUUAUUAAUAGUGGGUUUUAAAGCCCUGACAAUAGUGCAAUACUUUUCUUAGCAUUACACUUCUUUUUCAGUGCGAGCUCAGAAGCAUGGAAAGUGUAAAUCUGUGUAGGUUUUUUCUUUUCCCUUUUUUUUUUCUUCUGCUCAGCCAGAGACAUCACACAACAGAAACUGCUGCUGUUUAUCCUCGAAACAGGUAGUGCCUCAGAUUUGGCCGUGCCAGGCUCUUCAGUGAAAUGCGUUCAGUCAGAGGUGUGUAACGGGAAGAAUAAAUACAUCAUCGCUGCUUGGAUUGUAA